GCCGCCCGGACGGGACGGAGAGGCAGGUCUCUCUGCUCAAGUGCUCGGGCCCCAAGCUUUGUGGCUUUGGGACAAGUCGCCCAGGCUUUACAAAGUGGGGUAUUAGCAGCCGCUGGCUCAUGGAGUGGGGAGCAUCCCAGCGAUGUAAAGCGUGGUAGCAACAGCUGUCUGGCACACGGCGCUUGAUGCGAGACCUCUGCUACUGUUGGGUUGAAAUUCUGGGGCCUGGAGGUGGAGUGGGAAGAGGUGGAUAGGGAGGGAGUGGGCGAGUAGAUGUCUGAGGGGAAGGGCCGCCCGGAUCCCCUCUCCCACCCCAUUGCAGGCGGACUUUUUGUCGUGCCCGGCCUUCCAUGAAUGCAGACCCGACUGACUCUGCAGCCUUGGCGGUCUAAACGGGCCGGGAGAGCCCAGGGCGAGGGCGGGAAGUCGAGGCUGUCUUGUCUCGGGGCUUCUCUGAGGUCGUGGGCUCCACCAGCGCCUUCAGCCUGCCUGCGUUUGUUUGAGGCUGUUUGGUUCCUUUUUCCUCUCCUUCAUUCAUUCCUGGAUUUGUUCCUUCCGUUUUUGUUUUUUUUUUAAUUUUUAAAAUUUAUUUAUUCAUUUGUUUAAUUUUUGGCUGCGUUGGGUCUUCGUUGCUGCGCGCGGGUUUUUCUCUAGUUGCGGCGAGCGGGGGCUGCUCUUCGUUGCGGUGCGUGGGCUUCUCAUUGCGGUGGCUUCUCUUGUUGCGGAGCACGGGCUCAAGGCGCGCGGGCUUCAGUAGUUGUGGCUCACGGGCUCUAGAGCACGGACUCAGUACUUGUGGCCCACGGGCUUAGUUGCUCCAUGGCAUGUGGGAUCUUCCCGGACCAGGGCUCGAACCCGUGUCCCCUGCGUUGGCAGGCGGACCCUUAACCACUGCGCCACCAGGGAAGCCCUGUUCCUUCAGUUUUUAUGUACUGAUUGUUACCACGUAGUAAGUACCAAGGCACUGGGGAAAAAGUCUCUUCCCCAUGGGGGCUCUUAGAGCAGUUUGGAAUUAAAUAGCUUUACUUUGAAAUAUCUAAUCACACAUUGCAAUGCGUGAUCUGGAGGAGGGAUGCAGGGGUUGUGGGAUAGGAUUGGGAGAACUGGGAGAGGCUUCCUGGCUGAAAAUCUGAAGGAUGAGGAGGAUUUUGUAGGUGGGUAGGAAGGGCAAUGGUGUUCCUUUUAAGCGGAGAGAUAGCGUGAAAGGGUCUUGCAGUGAAAAGACGCAUUCCCGCCACUGUCCUCUCCUGCUACGGAAGAGGAUGACAGCAAUAGCCAGAUGCCAGGAACUCAGAAAUGAAUCAGAUACAGUUCCUGCCCCUGGAGAGCAGUCUCGAAGAAGAAAUAAGGCUGUACCUAUAAACCACAGUUAGAAAGAGGCUGACACAUGCCCUAAGAAACACACAUUCAUUCAGUUGGCAAGUAUUUACUGGCAUUUACUGUGUGGUGGGCACUUUGCCAGGUGCCGAGGGUACAUGGAUGUUACAAACUGAAUGGAUACAAUGCAGCUGCAGUUCCGAGGGGAAAAGGUUUUGCUUACUGAGACUCUAAGGCUGAUGUUUGCUUGUGGAUGCAUGGGAGAGUAGUGGUUCAGAACUUGGAUUUUGAAUCAGGGCAGGGAUCAGGCUGUUGGCUCGGGCAAGUUGCUCUUUCCCGAGCCUCAGUUUCCUGAACUCCAUAAUCGGGGCAGAAGAAUAAAACCCGUAGUGCCGUGUCUGGCAGAUGCUGGCGCUCAGUAAGUGAGCACUGCUCUUAUCUGUGCAGGUAAUAAAAAAGAGGGAUGAUAUGGCUGUUUAUUCUUCAGGAGCACUUUGUAUUUACCAAAGCCCUUUGCCAUAAGUUUAUUAUUAUUCAACACACAGUCAGUUCCUUUUUUUGAAAGGUACUGUACUUGACAGUGGGAAGGCAGGCAGAUAAGACUCGUCUCUGGCUUUGGGGAACUUGAGUUUGUCUUGGGAGCGUAGCGUAGAGUGUGAGGUGUGUAGUCUAUGAACGUGUAAUUAUAAUGUAACACAUAAGAGCAUGCUGGUAGCGGACCCCUCGCCACCUGUCUGACUUCGGCCCGUCACUCACCUCCUAGUUCGUUCCAUGGCUGCCCAGUUGUUUCUCACGCACUUCCUGCCCCAGAACUUCUGCACUUGCUGUACCCUCUUCCCAGCGGCCUUGUCAUUAGCUCAGGGUAUGCCGAGCGCCACCUUCUUACCGAUGCUAAGACCACACCCCUCGGCCACCGCCAUCCCCUCCCUCCUGGCUGAAAUUGUACUCCUCUUAGGGCACUCUUCACCCUCCAGGAACCUCGGAAGUGGCUGUCAGGUUCAGGUCUCUGAGGAAGGCCAGGGUGGUUCCUGUUUUCCAGGAUGGACUUCCCCAGCUCCCUCCCGCCCUCGUUGUUUACGACUGGCCCCCUUGGUCUGAGUGAUGUCCCUGAUGUGUCCUUCAUGUGCAGCUGGAGAGACGCGCUGACCCUGCCGGAGUCCCUGCCCCAAGGUUCUGAGAACGCGGCGCCCCACGUGGCCAAGGGCCUGCUCUGGGAGCCGGACACCCCUGGGCCGCUGCCCUUGCUGCCUCCUGGUCCCGAUCCCUGGGACCCCGGCGUGACUGCCCAGGAGCUGCUUUUCCGGGGAGGUUACCAGUUCCGUAGACAGCCCCGAGCCGUGCUGGACGUUACUGAGCAGGUAAGCGGCCCCACCGUGGACAGUGCCACGUGGCCGGGGCUGUGCCUAGUGACCUGGCCUCCUUUCCUCCUGCAGCUCAGCCGGUUCUUGUGGGACCAUGGGGACAUAGCCUUUGCACCACUGGGGAAGCUGAUGCUGGAGAAUUUCAAACUGGAGGGAGCACGGAGCCGCUCGAAGAAGAAGACAGUGGUCAGCGUGAAGAGGCUACUCCAGGACCUCGGUGGACACCAGCCCUGGGGCUGUCCCUGGGCUUACCUCAGCCAACGCCAGCGCCGGUUCUCCAUCCUUGGGGGCCCGAUCCUCAGCACGUCGGUGGCGAGCCUCCUGGGGGAGCUGCUACAUGAGGAGCUGGCCCUGCGGUGGGAGCAGCUGCUCCUGGACGAGGCCUUCACCGGGGGCGCGCUGGCCUGGGUGCCCGGCAGGACGCCCAGGGCUGGGCAGCUGGUCUACCCUGCAGGAGGCGCCCUGGACAGGCUGUACUUCCAGAAGGUCAUCCUGACCCCAGGCGGCGAGCCCCGGGCUCUCGGAGGCCCUGGCCAUAUCCGGCUCCGGGGACCUGUCCGGCAGGUGGUGACCCGCACCGUGCAGGGAGAAGCUCUGCUGGCUGUCCGCUCUGACUACCACUGCGCCCUCUGGAAGCCCCCACCUGCCUGGAGAGCUGGCCAUCUGCAGCCGUUCCGGAGCCAUCUGUCUGUGGACUCCCCAGGACGGGUAACGCCCCUUCCCCAUAAAAACCCUCCACCCCAACCAACGGCUCCCGCAGAACCCGGCCCAUGUCCCGGACCCCAGGCCAGGUCACCCCAGCCUCCCCCCGUCAGCCGGUCUCCCCACCAUGGCUGGCCUGUCUCCCCAAGGCUGCAGCAAAUCUACAAGGACCCCGAGACCCUUGUGUUCCGGGACCCCUGUCCCUGGCGCUGGGCAGACUUUACCGCCCACCCUCGAGUGCUGACUGUGGGUGAUCGCACCGGAGUGAAGAUGGUGGACACUCAGGGCCCGCCGGGCUGUGGUCUGCUGCUUUUCCGUGGAGGGGCAGAAGCAUCGUGCCAGAAAGGGGAACGGGUCCUGCUCACCCAGUACCUGGGGGACUGCGGCCCCGAGUGUCUGCACCCCACGCUCCACCUCAUCUGCACCCAGUUCUCGCUCUACCUGCUGGAUGAGCGCCUCCCCUUGGUGCCCCUGCUGAAGUGGGACCACGGCCUCCCCUCCGCACCCCUGCUGGCCCGGCUGCUGCCCCCGCCCCGCACAGGCCUCCCGCGGCCGCUGCUCCUGGCGGGCCAGGGCGGGGAGCUGCAGGUGCUGCACAUAGCAGGAGAGGGGGCCUCCGCGCCCCGGCUGGCGGGGCCCCCCCAGUCUCUCCCUUCCAGGAGCGACUCCCUCUCUGCCUUCCCCCUGCUGGAGCCCAAGAGUCAGUGGCGGCUGCGGGAACGUCUGACAGCACCAGCCAUAGGUCUGGCCGCCGCCAUUCCACCCGCCGCUGCCACACCGGUGCUGUCGCUCUUCCAACUUUCGGCGGCUGGAGACGUCUUCCACCAGCGCCUCCGCCUCCAGGCAGACCCCGGGCCUGACUCUCCUGCCCCCACGGCUUCCUGGACCCCCCAGGCCUCUGCCUCCUGCAGCCAGUGGCUGAAGGCCCUGCUGGAGGUGCCCCCGGCUCCCCCCGUGUGGGCUGCACCUACCUUCUCCCACCGCCGCCUGCUGGGCUGCUUUGAGCCUCAGAAGGCAGAGGGCAAAGCGCCAGAGGGUCUCCGCACGGCCAUGGCCAAAGGGCGUGUCCUGCAGCCGAGGGACCUGGGCUUGCUCCCCACGGAAGAGCGGGCCCCCGCCCCCGAGCCAGGCCCCGAGGACGAGCUCAGCGAGCGCUUGGAGGCAGCCUGGGAGGGCCGGGCGGCGGCCUGGUGGGAGAGGCGGCGGGGCAGCAGCUUGGGGCCCGGCAAACAGCCCAAGCGGCACAAGCGCCGGACUCAACUGUCCAGCACCUUCUCCUCACUCAGCGGCCGCUUAGACCUCUCAGACGCUGCCAGCCCCCCUCCCAGCCCAGAGCGGACACUCCCCGAGGCCAGGCCUCAGCCCCCAGUGACCCCGCCCUCCCAGGAGUCCACCCAGGAGCCGUGGGCCCGGGGCGUCCCCUCGGAGCGGCAGCAGACCCUCCGGGACUACAUGGCUGGGCUGCCGCUCCGAGGGGCCGCCCCGGGGGGGGCCUCCGUGCCUUCCUCCCAGACCUCCAGCGUCCGGGCCGCCCCUUCCCGGCAGCGGGCGGCCGUCCACUCCGGCUCUCAGCCACACGGGAAGAAGCCCCGCAUGGGCUUCUGAGGCCCGGGGAAGCUGCCCCCCACCUCCAGGGAGCCCUUUGUCCCGGAUAAGCUGUGCCUUUUGUGGCUGAAACGGGAAAUAAAGAGAACAGUCGCCAGGGUGCAGACCUUCCUGCUUUCCGAAGGCCUUCGUGACUGCGGGAGACAUUCAGAAGCGAUUUGAAUCCUCGUUGGAGGAAGGAGGACGACAAGGUAGUCGUUUCUCCUGUAGCUCGUUCUCCCAGGGGCACGUUGAGAAGUCCUGGGGGCCCCGUCCUGAAGGUCAGUGUCACCGGGAUCCCCUCCAGCCGACAGUGUUGUGCUGGAAAGCAGGGGCUCCAGGCGGCCGAGGGCUCCGCCACGCACGGGUCCCCGGGACGCGGCGGGUGACGGUGAAGUGAGCUGCUCAGCCUGCGGGCGCUCCGCUGCUGGGCGUUGGCAGCUAGCUGCUGGUGGUUAGGUGUGUGUGUGUUAAGCGGUUUCUAGCGCCAUCUGACAUUUUGUAGAGGGAGGCACUUUGGACCCACGUUUAGGGGUUGAAUAAACCUGUCAGCUGAGCCUGGUUUUGAACGAUCAAGUUUCUCAGGCCGGGCUGCGUCCCCUUACUUGGCUUUC